AUGAGUCUAAAAAAACCGCUAACACCAAUAGGAACCGAUAUAGAAUCAAUUAUCAUUGCAGUGGUCCUAUUUCUGACCUGUGGUCUAUUGAUGUUUGCGUGUUGUUUCGUAGUUACUCAAAUAUACUUAUGCUACAAACGUGCCUACUUGAAGAAGAGACGACAUUUGAAACAGGAAAGCGGAGAAUUUCACUAUGCUUCGGUGCAGGAUGAUCCGGAAUUUCGACAAACCUUCCAGAUGACAUAUUAUUGA